AUGUCGGCCGUUAUUGACGAGCUGCUCAGCGAUUCUGAAGAUGAUAAUGUGUCUGAGGAGGCUUGUCUCAGCCCGUUCGAUUUUAUUUUCGUUUUAGAACUCAACCAAGACGCCCCGGUCCCUAUCACCGUGCCAGAGGUUACCACAACAUGGGACCAGAUGGGUCUUUCUAAAUGGGUGCUCGGGCAGUUGAAAGAAUUGCAAUUGAAAAAACCGACUCCUGUUCAGGCAUGCUGCAUUCCAAAGGUGCUAGAGGGUUGCGACGUGUUGGGCUGUGCAAAAACCGGCACUGGAAAGACGCUUGCUUUUGCAUUGCCAAUCUUGAACCAGUUGGCCUUCGAUCCUUACGGCAUCUAUGCCCUCGUCAUGACGCCAACCAGGGAAUUGGCUAUUCAGAUUCAGGAGCAAUUUACGGCCGUUGGCAAGGCGAUCGGCCUGAAAUGUAUGGCAGUUAUUGGUGGCAUCGAACAGAUUAAACAAGCCGGGGAACUCUCCAGAAAGCCGCACGUUGUCGUCGCGACACCCGGAAAAUUGGCCGACUACAUCGAGACGCACCACGAAUCGAUUGGGCAGCUAUUCAAGAAGUUGAAAUACUUUGUGCUCGACGAGGCCGAUCGAAUGCUUGAUGGUCAAUACACCGAUCAGCUCAAAAUCAUCUUCAAAGCGCUGCCCGCCAAGCGCCAAACCCUGCUCUUUAGCGCCACCAUUACAUCGGCCAUCAACAAAUUGCAUCAGGUUUCCGUUCGUAAGCCGUAUUUCUUCGAAGACAAAUCGGCGGGGCAGGAGGUUACCGUGAGCCGAUUGGAGCAAAAAUACGUUCUCUGUCCUGCCAACGUCAAGGAUGCUUACUUGGUCUACGUUGUGAAAAACUAUUGCGAGCGUAACAAGCAGUCCUCCGUCAUCGUGUUCGCGCUGACGUGUCGAGAGUGUCAAGCGCUCGCGAUGAUGUUCACGAAGCUCGGAUUUCAGGUCGGCUCCCUGCAUUCACAGGUCUCGCAAAAGGACCGAUCUUCGGCUUUGUCACGCUUCCGGGCCAAGGUCCUCCGAGUGUUGAUUUGCACGGAUGUGGCUGCCCGUGGCCUUGAUAUCCCACAUAUUGACCUUGUCGUUAACCAUAACGUUCCCGAUGCGCCGAAAACGUACGUCCAUCGCGUCGGGCGAUCGGCGCGUGCCGGAAGAUACGGAUCAGCGCUGACGUUCGUCACGCAAUACGACGUUGCCCUACUGAGGGAAAUUGAGGACCGGAUUGGGAAGAAGAUGGAAGAGCAAAAGGUGAAAGACAAAAUGGUGGCGCGAUAUGUGACGCAAGUGCUCGUCUCAAAACGCGAAGCCGAGUUGACGCUGGACGAGCAGAAAUUCGGCGAGAAACGACUGAUUCAGAAGCGAAAAGAGCUGGUGAUGGGAGGGAUGAAUCCUGAUGAGGCCGAUGAGGUGAUUGAAGAGAUACGAAAGAACCGAUCGGCGCGAGGCGCAAAACGUGUGGAGCAGUUACAGAAGCAGGUCGACCGACGCCAAAAGGGAGCGGCGAAACGACCGACAACAAGUACAGCCAGCCCAGCCGAGAAGAAGGCGAAGCGCGGAAAACCAGAAGCCUCAUUUAGA